AUGGCGCGGGGAUCCGGCGGCAAGGGCGUCAAGGGCCCCUGGUUCCCGGACAGCGGCUUCGUGUUCUUCCUGCGGCAGUACCUGGGCUUCUCCCUGGCGGUGGUGGCCGCCGCGCUGCUGAUUGCGGGCUACGACAGGGGCUGGAUGUCCAACAACCAGCUCAGCUUGCUGUGCCUGGGGAUCGUGCUCGUGGGGCUGCUGGUGCACGAGUCGCGGCCGUUCAAGAGAUGGGAGAACAUUACAGAGGAAGUGGAACAAAUGAACAAGGAAGGUCCAAAUCCCACUCCACAGCGGCGACACAAGAAGGAUCAGUGA